AUGUGCGGGCACGAAGAGGCCAGGCCACAAAUAGCCAUAGUCUUGCAGAAAGGGAGAGAAAAAAUUAUUGAAAGGGUGAAGUUUCUUCAAGAUCUUGUACCGGGUUGCAACAAGGUGACUGGGAAGGCAGUUAUGCUUGAUGAAAUCAUAAACUACGUACAAUCGCUACAAUGCCAAGUUGAGUUUUUAUCGAUGAAACUUGCAACUGUGAACCCACAAAUGGACUUUAACCUUGAAGGUCUUCUUGCAAAAGAUGAAACAACUGGAUGGGAGUGUGAUUUGCAAAAUGUGAUUCACAUUAACUAUGGAGCUGGUGAUGUCACACCCGACCCUCAAGCAGCAGCUGCAGCAUCUCUUCCAGCUGCAAAUAUGAAGGUUGAGCCAUAA